GAGUCCCUAGACCUCUGCUCAGCAGGUAGUGAGAUCACAGGCAAGUCUGAGCCUUUGGAUUUUUCUCUUUAAAACGGAAACAGUUACCCUGGUCAGUGGGAUUGUCAGGAAGUAGAAGGAGAUGACUUCUGGACAGGGCAUGGUUCCUUCAGUCCUGGCUCUGCUGAUGCGUCUUGUGUUGCACUUCCACCCGCAUGCUCAGUCCUGGGUGAGGAGUUUGGAGCCCGUGUGCUGAGUCUCUCCCUCUUCCCUUUGCAGGCUAAGCACCUCCACAGUAAUGGCCGCGGCCUUGCCCCGGACGCUGGGGGAGCUGCAGCUGUACAGAAUAUUACAGAAAGCCAACCUGCUGUCCUACUUCGAUGCCUUCAUCCAACAAGGUGGCGAUGACGUCCAGCAGCUGUGCGAAGCUGGAGAGGAGGAAUUCCUGGAAAUCAUGGCCCUCGUGGGCAUGGCCAGCAAGCCGCUGCAUGUCCGGAGGCUGCAGAAGGCUUUGCGGGACUGGGUCACCAACCCCGGCCUCUUCAACCAGCCGCUCACCUCCCUGCCCGUGAGCAGCAUACCCAUCUACAAGCUGCCCGAGGGGUCGCCCACGUGGCUGGGGUUACCCUGUGCCAGCUACGACAGGAGCAGCGGCGCCCGGGAGCCGCACGUCAAAGUCCCCAAGGACGCCGCGGCCGCGCUCUCGGUGGCCGAGUGUGUGGAGCGCAUGGCCUCCACGCUGCCCAAAAGCGACCCGAACGAGGUGAAGGAGCUGCUGAAAAGCAACAAGAAGCUGGCCAAAAUGAUCGGCCACAUCUUCGAGAUGAGCGACGAGGACCCCCACAAAGAGGAGGAGAUCCGCAAGUACAGCGCCAUCUACGGCCGGUUCGACUCCAAGAGGAAGGACGGGAAGCACCUGACGCUUCACGAGCUCACUGUUAACGAAGCGGCUGCUCAGCUCUGUGUGAAGGAUAACGCCCUCCUGACAAGAAGGGAUGAACUUUUCGCGCUGGCGAGGCAGAUUUCUCGAGAAGUCACCUAUAAAUACACUUACAGAGCCACCAAGUCAAAAUGUGGAGAAAGAGAUGAAUUAUCCCCGAAGAGAAUUAAAGUGGAGGAUGGGUUUCCAGAUUUCCAGGACUCUGUGCAAACCCUCUUCCAGCAGGCUAAAGCUAAGAGCGAAGAACUCGCUGCUCUCAGUUCCCAGCAGCCUGAGAAGGGAGUGACGAAGCAGAUGGAGUUCCUAUGCACCCAGGCCGGCUACGAGCGGCUGCAGCAGGCCGAGAGGCGGCUGUCCACGGGGCUCUACAGGCAGAGCUCCGAGGAGCACAGCCCCAACGGCCUGGCCUCCGACAGCUCGGACGGACAAGGAGAAAGACCCUUGAAUCUCCGAAUACCUAACCUACAGAACAGACAGCCCCACCAUUUUGUGGUGGACGGGGAGCUGAGUAGACUUUACCCCAGUGAGGCCAAGUCCCACUCAUCAGAGAGCCUGGGGAUUUUAAAAGACUACCCUCACUCCGCUUUUACUUUAGAGAAGAAAGUCAUCAAAACAGAGCCUGAAGAUUCAAGAUAGCUGUGAUUUUCCCACUAUUCUCUGGAAACGGCAUCAGUUUUAAGGAUAAUGCUCCAUCAUAGAAAUAAGCCUUAAUAACCAAUGUUGCCUCAUUCAGCUCCAACAGAUUUCAUAGCCAAAGCGUAAGGACUGACACAGUGGUCUGGAAGCCAGGAAGACAAAGCAACAGCCACAAGAGAGAAAAUAGAGAGAAUGUUGUAAUAGAAAUAUUGAUCCAUUCACAUUCCUGUGUGAGUCGGUUUAUGUGGAAAGGCUUACAAAGUAAUACUGUAAGCAUUUAUUUAAGAAUGUACAAUGUAUUUGUGUAAUUUAUAGAAGUAAAAUGUAGAUGUUGAGACCUGUUCGGUCCAGUAGAUAUGGAUACAGUUUAUUUUACUUGAAAUUUCAUUGUCUACUUUAAGCGUAUUUAGCGUAAAUAUUAUAUGUCAGAGUUUAGAAUCUUUGCAGUCAUAAAGAAAGUUUAAGUAAUGUAGUUAUUGGCAGGGUAGCAGUGACUUUGGAGAAAUGGAAUUUAGCAAAUACCCGGUUUAAACCAAGGAAAAUAUUGUGGAUUUAAUAUCUGAUGAAACUGAUUUUGUUUAGUAGGAACUGUGUCAUUUAUAGUUGUAAAGUGUCAUUUUUGCUGACUUAAUCAGGCACAUGUACACAAUUAACCAAUACUGGAGUAAAGUUAAAAAGAUGAGAAGCACAGAAGGCAAUCUUUCUUAACCUACUUGCCAGAUUGCAUCAUAUGGUCGCUGCUUAAGCUACGGCAGACAUAGGGAGCCGUUACUGGGACAGAGACCUUGAAACAAGUGGACCGAUGUGGACAAGCCUGGACUUAAACAUUGCUGUUUCUGAACGUGUGAAAUAGAUUAAGACAUAGUAAGUUAACCCUAACUGUGACAAGGAUGGUGACUGUUAACCAAGGCUGUACUAUAAUAAAGGAAGUACCGUUUUAUGUCCAGAAACUCUUCUCUACGCACUGGAGUCGGAGAAACUAGAGUCUCCCCAGGGGUCUUCCCACCCAGCCCUUCCCAGGAGGGGACAGUCACUACAUCACACGUGCAGGCAUGUUUCUGUGGCGGUUUAGUUGACAUAUACUCAUUAUUUAUUUUAUAAUUUCAUUUUUGUACAACUUUCAGAUUUGUGAAUGCCGGUGUUUUUUUAAUUCAUUUUCACUUGAAAGUCUGUUUUAAUUCCCCCUAUUUAAUUAAUGGGCUGUGUGCAUAUACGUGGGGGGCUGUGCUUCAGUGUUCAUAAUGUACUUGCACACGUAUGAGAAUUUCACAUUGGAAUUCAUACUAAGAAAACAAAUACUAUUAGAAAUUUAUAUUUUUUUCUGUUGGAUUAAGAGGAGACGAUAUUAGACAGCUUUACCUACUUCCUCCAGAUUCGUCUAAACCCCGAUAUUGCUAAGAGGAGCGUAUUGACUUGGAAUAUGUGUGGUUUUUGUUUCAGUUCUGCUCUAGGUCAUAACUACAUAAAAAUAUUAAGUCAUAAUCUGUUCUACUACAACUCCUCAGCCCAAUGUUAGAUGAAACAUCUGUGCUGGAGUUGUGUUCACUGUCGCAUAUACAACUGCUUUUUCAUUCUGAUUUGUAGACUAGCUUUACACAGAAACACCAGAAAGCAGCUUCUAUCUAUCAUAAGCUUCCCCUCCUACAUGUUUUAACUGUACCAGAGCAUUUCCCCACUGAAGCAGCUUUUUGGACCUUGCAACUCUGUUGCUAGCUUGAGGUUGAGUACUGUGGUUGUCUUGUUCACUGUGUGUAGAAAUAGUAUGAAUACGAUUUAAAUAGGUUAUUCGAUUUUUAAUAUUAGCCAUAGAACUGGUUAGUAUCUCAGUAGUUUCAUGAAACGUUUCCUGUAUUCUAAUCUAUUUUGAGAAAUUCUGUAGGUUUUUUUAAAAUUGUGUCUUACAGUUGGAGUUUGUACAUUUUAAUAAGCAACAAUUUUUAAAGAUGCUGUAAUCUUCCAACUAAUAUUUAUCCGUCUUUCAUGGCCAAACAAACUGCAUCUUUAAAUCCAUAAAUAAGUUUCCUUAAGUAUUAGACUUUUCUGGUCUUUCAAGUUUAGUGAUAAGAGGGAAGCACAAGAAAAAUAUCAGUAGAAUACAGUUUUUAUUUUAUAAACACUAAUGUAUUAAAUUUGCUAUACAUUGAAGCAAAUAAUAUAUAUUUUUAUUUGAAUUGUAUAUAUGAAUUGGAUGUUAUAACAGUUUGUGUUGUUUUGUUCAUUGUGUUAGAGGUAUUUUCACUGAACAAGGUCAAUUGGUUACCUCGGUAUUACCGCCAAUACAGCCCAAGGGGCCAUUUCUC